GCAGUGGCGCGCUUUUGGGCACAGUACAGUAGAUUUGACUUGCAGCAGCAGCAGAGGAGCGAAAGAGAGAGAGAGGGAAGUAAGCAUUUUAGGUUGUGAUUAUAUUGCUGCUGUGGCCGGAGAAAAUAAUCGUCUCCGAUUGCCAUCUCGAAGUAUGCGGGCAGUGCCUUGAGUUACAGUAAACCAAAUCGGAACUCAAUUUGCAUGCAUUGGAGAAGGUUGGAGCUAGCAGACGAGGUGGGGCAUGCCAAGCUGGCAUGCGAAAUUCCUCUCUUGUAGACUGAACAUGGUUUUGAUCGAAAUCGGAGUUUUCCAUAGAUCUUGUCUGUACGGGGAAGAAAAGAAUGUUUUACCAAUCGCCAGAACUCUGAGCGGGCUCAAAAUCGCAGAAGUGAGUCGGAAAGGUGUGUGAUGCGUCAUGAAUUUUGGAUUGUUUCGGGAGUAAUGUGGACUGCUGGAGUGACAAGAAUGUUCUGAAUCUUCGCGAUUUUGUGACUCCGGAGGAACAAUGGCAUAUGGUUCUAUCGAAGGUCAGAAGAGGUUGCAGGAUUAUGUAAAUCGUUUCAUUGACGCUCUCACGUCUCAAAAUGGCACGCAAUUGUCCGCUCUUCUGGCUAUCACCUCGUCUCCCUUUCGAGACGCGGUCGGCAGUGCUCUUGACCUCGUGAAGGAUCCUAGCCGCAUUAUCAAACAGGUUGACAAGCAUGCUCCACUUGGUGAAAUGCUUGGACAUCACAUACGAUGCAUGCAAGCAUAUAGACACCGGCGCUAUCUGGAUGCUUACAAUUCCCUGGAGAAGUCUGCCAAUCCAUUUCUUCAAGAGUUUCGUAAUUGGGAGAGCGCUUGGGCAAUGAAAGCUCUUCACACUGUCGUCUUUGAGUUACGGACACUGGCUGAGCUGGCUGAUCGAGAGAUGGCGAACAACGGAAAAGUUCCUGACAAGCUAAAAGGAGCUGGUUCGUUUCUGAUGAAAGUGUUUGGAGCUCUUGCGGGUAAAGGGCCGAAAAGAGUUGGAGCACUAUAUGUGACCUGCCAGCUUUUCAAGGUCUACUUCAAGCUGGGAACUGUUCAUCUGUGCAGAAGUGUAAUUAGAAGUAUCGAGACAGCACGAGUUUUCGAUUUCGAAGAAUUUCCAACAAGAGAUAAGGUCACAUAUAUGUAUUAUACUGGGCGUCUGGAGGUCUUCAACGACAAUUUCAUUCAGGCAGAUAAGAAACUCUGGUAUGCAUUGGGGCACUGUGACCCUUCAAAAGAUGCAAACAUCAGGAUGAUUUUGAAGUACCUUGUUCCAGUCAAGCUUUCGUUAGGUAUUCUCCCAAAUGAAUGGCUUCUUCGAAAGUAUCACAUCAUGGAGUACAAUGAUAUCGUCCAAGCUCUUCGAAGGGGAGAUAUUCGUCUGCUCAGAUAUGCGUUGCAGGCCAACGAAGACCAGUUUCUGAGGUCUGGUGUCUACCUUGUGUUGGAAAAGUUGGAGCUUCAAGUCUACCAAAGAUUGAUGAAAAAAAUACAUCUUAUUCAGAAGCAAAAGGACCCAAGCAAAGCCCACCAAAUAAAGAUGGAUAGCAUAUUAAAGGCACUGAAAUGGCUCCAAAUAGACAUGGACAUAGAUGAGGUGGAAUGCAUCAUGGCUACUUUAAUACAUAAAAAUUUGAUGAGGGGUUAUUUGUCUCAUAAAAGUAAGGUAGUGGUUCUCAGCAAGCAGGACCCGUUUCCACUGUUAAGUGGAAAACCUUGUGCUUAGGGUUGUAAGCUGCGAUGGAGUCCUUUGUACAGUUCGUGAAGUGGUGUGGACAGUGUUCGCAUUAAGUUUACGUAGCACGAAUCACAUGGGUGACACGUGCUCUACUUUCAAAUAGCCUCAUCUUUAAAGCUAUUGAGGAUCUGCAUUCAGAUUUCUAGGUUGGCAGAUUUUGGCAGAUGGUGUGAUCAUAUGUUGCGACCAGAGCAUCUGCCUUCCAAGUUUUAUCAGUGAUCUUAGUAGGUGCUGGCGGCUCUAAUUUGUAUUUUUCUUCUUGACCGAGAGAUUAGGAAAGUAGAUCCGAAAAUCAUUUCUUGACGAAGUAGCUUAAUGUCAUGAGACAAAAUACGACAGUAAUUCAAACUCUGUACCAAUCAGGUUGUGCGUAUUUCAGAGGAAUUUCUUCAGGUAUUGCCCAUCUCUAGGACUCAUCAUGGCAAGCAAGGCAUAAUACAAAUCAUACUGGCUGCCAAUAUGUCAGGCAUUACUUAUCACCAGCCAGCAUGGCUGGCUUGCGAAUUCAAUAUUGUGAGUGAAUAUGUAUGCGAGGACCGCGCACAAACAACGGCAGACGUAUUUGGGACCAAAGCUGAGAAAAAUUUUACUUUUUAUUUUGGAAUAAAAUGUUUUAUGUUUGG